UCGACUUGUGUACAGGCGGAGAAGGGAGCGAGUUGCUAACAACUAGCCGGAGAAACGCGAUUGAACGUGGCCAUGCUGCACACGGUAGGCUUCAUCUCUUAAAACAGGGCCGAGUGCAAUAGCUGUUUUGAUGGCACAAGGGCGAAGGGACACUUUUUCAAAAACUAACUAACUAAAUAAAAAUAAAAAACACCGCCGCUCGGCGAAUUGUGCAAAUCUGAGCCGUGCAUUAGCUGGCCUAGCCGGACUCGGGCACUCGUCUCCCUACACAAGAAUGGGGUAGUGGUCCACUUGGAUUAGCUUACAAGUAAAGUGACCUUUGAAUGCGUUCUCCGAUGGCAAAUUUCACGAAUUAUCAGGAAGGCAAGGCAACGAAGUUGAUGCUGGAGACGCAGCAGAGAACCGUGGGGUCCAAAUCUGCCGACGCAAACGUAGACGGCUCGGUCAGGGAACCCCCUUCCCCGAUAAUUAACAUCAGCGGUGGAGGAGGGGGAAGCGGCGGCGGAUUUCGUUCCCAUCAGUUGCCGCCCUCCUACCACCACCACCUUGAGUCGUAUCACUACGAGCUGGCGUCGCAUCAUCAUCUUCACCAUCUCUCCGCGGAUGUCGCCGAGUCCCCGGGCAAAAAAUCGUCCUCCCCGGUGGAGCAAAGCAGCAGCAGCACCACCACCACCACCAGCAGCAGCAGCAGCGGCCUUGCGUACGAGACUGGCGGCUUGUCAAACCCACCGGAUGCAGUGGACGACAUUCGAAAGUGUGGCUACCUGCGCAAGCAAAAGCACGGACAUAAGCGCUUCUUCGUGCUUCGCGCCUCCAGCCACCUGGGUCCCAGCCGUCUGGAGUACUACGACAAUGAGAAGAAAUUCCGGAGCACCUUGCGCGGGGGAGCCGGCCCGGUGGGCCCUUCCUCCCCAAAGAGGGUGAUUUACCUCUACCAAUGCUUCACUGUUAACAAGAGGGCAGAUUCAAAAAACAAACACCUCAUUGCCCUUUACACUAAGGAUGAGUACUUUGCUAUUGUGGCGGAGAGUGAGCAGGACCAGGAGGACUGGUACGUGGCGAUCAGUGAGUUGAUGAACGAGGGCAGAAAGGGGCAUUUAAUUACGGAUGACUUAGAUGAUGGAUAUGGUACGGUCACCCCUGGCACCGUUUUCAAGGAGGUGUGGCAUGUGAACGUCAAACCCAAAGGACUCGGUCAAACUAAAAACCUCACAGGCUUGUAUCGCCUAUGCCUCUCAUCCAAAACCCUUCACCUGAUCAAGCUGAACUCGGAGACCCCCUGCGUGAACCAGCACCUGAUGAACAUCAGGCGCUGCGGAAACUCUGAAAGCUUCUUUUUCAUCGAGGUGGGCCGCUUCUCGUCGAUUGGGCCGGGGGAGAUAUGGAUGCAGGUGGAUGACUCCGUGGUGGCGCAGAAAAUGCACGAGACCCUCCUCAAUACCAUGAAGGCUCUGAAGGCAUAUGUGGAGGUCAGGCCCCGGAGUAAGAGCCAGUCGUCGGGCUCCAACCCCAUGCCGUUUGUCACCACGCACCGCCACCUGAGCAACCUCCCGCCAAGCCAGACGGGCCUGCAGCGGCGAUCCAGGCUGGAAUCUGUGGUGGGAACGCCGCCGUCCAGUAAGAGCUCGGGUGCCAGCGGUUACCGCUUCCGCACAUCCAGCGAGGGGGAGGGCACCAUGAGCCGGCUGUUUCGUUCCACCACGGGAAGCUUGGUCCACCUGAAUUCAGGGCGUCCUCAUCUUGGCCGCGCCGAGGGGGAUCAGGCAGGCAGCGGCGGCGUUGCGACGGGAAACGCCAGCACGGGCGCCGGCGGCGGGCGCCAUGUGCGGGCCAUCCCGGGGUCAUCGGCCUCGAACUACCACGCCCGCUCCGCCUCCCUCCCAGUGUCCCACCCUUUCACCACAAGCCCGGUGAGCGUGUCCUCCAGCAGCGGCCACGGUUCUGUCUCAGACACGCUCACCCGCCCAUCCAGCGCUUCGAUAUGUGGCUCUCCAUCCGACGGUGGCUUCAACUCCUCCGACGAGUACGGAUCCAGCCCCGGUGACUUCAGGUACUUCAGGGUGCGCAGCAACACCCCCGAUUCCCUGGGCAACACCCCGCCAAUCAGAGAGGAGAACUGCCUGAGUGACUACAUGGCCGUGGGCUGGAACAGGGACGUGUUUGGCACCAGCGCCGGCUCCGGGAACAACAGCGGCGCCAACACACCGCGAGACGAGAGCACGUCGACGGCCGAGGACGAACGUUUUUUUUCGCACAGGAGGAGGAGAAGCGCCGGACCCGGAGUAGCCGUUUAUCAAAAAAUGACUCAAACCAAUUUUUCGUCGGAAGAAGGGGCCGACGCGUUGGGCAGCUCCUGCUCCGAGCACAGCCAGCAGAACCGGUCCUCGACGUUGCUCUCCUCCACCAAGGAAGAUAGCGGCUACGUGCCCAUGUUGCACGGCGUGGCUCCGUCGCCGAGAGACACGCCUCCCGACUACAUGCCCAUGCAUCCCAGCUUUCAUACGGUUUCCCACCCCCAUCAAUUUCAGAGCCCAACUUUGGGCCCGCGCUCGGCCAAGCCCCAGUCGCAGUCCUCCAUCGACACCCACGGCUACAUGAUGAUGCUACCGGGAUGCCGCGGCAGCUCUCCUUCCCCGGUUCAGGCCUCCCUCAGCCCCCACGGUGGCUCCAGCGCGGCGGGUGCGAGCGGGAGCGACGGCAUCGCGGAGAGACCCGCGAAUGCGGGCUACAUGGACAUGUUGUGCACCAGCAGUACGGGGCAGAAGUCGGAAGGCGGCAGCGCGUCCUACGGCGCCGACGCCUGGAGGUCUUUCAGCCCUUAUUUUUCUCUCCCUCGCUCCUACAAGGCGCCCACCAGAGAGAGCGAUGAGAAGGAGUGCGACGACUACGUUCCAAUGGCUUCUCUGGCCAAGGCGGUCCACUCGUCAGUUGCCACGGCUUCCCUGUCCACACCUGAGAGGGGCGGCGGCGGCGGUUGCACUUCCACACCCUCGCACCCGCCCCCGCCUUACGGAGCCCACCACACCACAGCCGCCAUGGCCGACGGGCGCGUCGUGAGACCCAACCGCCUCCCUUUAGGCAGGAGAAGUUUCCACGGUCUGCCGCGAGUCAGUGAACCCCCCACCUCAUCCGCACUUGCCUCCACCUCGGCCCCCACGGCCGGGCCCUCAACUGGGAGGCCCUCGAGUCCCGGAGAGUAUAUCAACAUCGACUUUGGUGAUCAUUACCCCCGCCAACAGCAGCCACCCGCCUACGUGCUUUCCACCGACGAUGAAGCCCCCGCCCUGGCAUCCGGCGACCACCGGCGAACCCCUCCCUUGCCCCAAACCAGUCAAGACUACAUGAGCAUGGAGGUGGGCCGUGACCAUCAGGAUAGCGACGGGUGUCUAGAUAAGAGCCAGUCACCUCGACCCAGCCUGGUGGCCCCCUGGAACCCGCCCAGCUAUAUCCGACCCUUGGCUAGCAAUCCCGCCGCGCCGGCCUCCCCCGGCGGGGUCCACGCUGGAGGUCACUGGAGGUCAGCGGGCGACGACUACACGAAUAUGAUAUACAGCAGGAAGGGCGAAAGGACUCCAGCGAGCCCCACUGACAUGCUGCAGCAUCUCUGCGUGAUGGAGGGAUGCUACGGCCACGGUUCCUCCUCCAUACCCCCCACGCUGCCCCCGAGGAGCCCAGCGAGGGCAUCGCCGCACCCCCUGGAGCCGAAGGUCGUCCGCGCCGACCCUCAAGGCAGGAGGAGACACAGCUCGGAAACCUUCUCCUCCACCUCCUCCUCGACUUCAACGCCUUCCGGGGGACCAUCUUCCGCCACCCACUUGACGCCGGUGGACCCCUCGACCUCAAACGGUUCACACGCACCUGAAGUCCAAGCCUCCAGAUGCGCCGGCUUGGCGUCCUUCGACAGCGUGUGGAUGUCUGUGGAAAGCCGCGGGGACCCGCCAGUUGACCGAGCUCCGGUUGGCUCAUCAGACCCGGGCGUGGCAACCGGCGCCCCGGCAUCCUCCUCGACCCCGACCAGCAGAAUGUACGGAAGCAACACGUCUGUGGGAUACCAAAAUGGCCUCAACUACAUCGCCUUGGAGGUGAGAGAUGUCGGGAGCUGUGCGGACGCAACCCCGGCGACGGGCGUCGCCGAGAGCUCCACGAUGCCAGAGAACGGGGCCUACGCCAGUCUAGACAAAUCAGACGGUGUCUCCAUGACAACCGAGGACUGAGCAGCAGGAGCGACAGAGGAGGGCCCCCCCCCCCCCCA